AUGAUGCCAAUUUUCGACACCGAACAACGUUCUUUAGUGGGGUGUGAUCCUAACUAUAAAUAGCUUGAUACAGAUUCAAGUUUUUGUCACAUUUACGAAAAACGUAAACCAGCAUUAACAUGAAAGUAGUAGCUGUCCUCUUCGCCGUUUUGGCCGUAGCCUUGGCUGCCCCACAAAGGAACCCAGACGCUGACGCUCAAGUUCUCAGGAACGACUUGGACAACAUCGGUGUUGAUGGAUACAACUUUGCUUAUGAAACCAGCAAUGGAAUCGCUGCCCAAGAACAAGCCCAAUUGGUAAACCCCAACACUGACAACGAAUCCAUCGCUGUACGUGGAUCCUUCAGAUACAUUGGACCUGACGGUGUUACUUAUGAAGUCACCUACAUCGCCGACGACAACGGCUUCCAACCACAAGGUGCCCAUUUGCCAGUAGGCCCACAAUAAAUAGUUUGUAGUUUGUAGAUAAUAAAAAAAUUUAAAAAAUACCAAACUU